AUGAAUAAUACCCGGUGGCCAGAGAUUGGAAGUACGACGGAGCUGAUGAGGGCUCAAAAUUCAGAUCUAUCACUCGUUUGCGAGCUCAUGCAGGAGCAAGCAAGACUGGAGCAAGAAUUCGUUAAUGGCCUACGCGCAUUGGUCCAAAAACACAAACCACGGGCUGAAGGCGAAAACAGGCAGUACUCAAAGGUGCUCAUCGAUGCAUUCGAACAAGAAAUCGAGGUUCGCUCGGGUCCCAAUCCGAACAUGCCCGAGCACAUCGCGUUAGAGGAGAAGGUGCAAUACCCAAUUACCAAAAAUCACGACUAA